GACGCCCAUACAAUUAUCAGCCGCGGCCGCGUCCGAUUUUGUUGCCGUCAGGUUGCCGGUAGAGCAUGUAGUGUCGUUCUUUCGUUCCGCGCACGACGACGUGAUAAUAACGACAUAUUAUUAUUAAAUAAUUUUUCAAUCUGUUGACGUAAAAUAUUACGACCCGAGAGUUUUGUUACACGUAAUAUUGUUAAUACUAUUCUCGUUCCGUUCGCUUCCGCCAAAUAAUAAUAAUUUAUUUUUAAAAAAACCCUCGUUCGACUGUGUUCACGCGCUGCGGUGCGUAUUAUAAUUUGUUUUUCUCGCCCCGGGAAAAUCGCGUUUUCCGCGUCUCCGUGGAUUUUUGUGCGCAUCGUGCGGUGAUAGCAAAAUAAGAAAAACCAGUUCGUCGCCGUCGUUACCUCUGUGUGUGCGUGCGCCGUGUACGAUUUUACGCGCGUAGAUGCAUCGCCGUAUGAACACCGUCGCAGCCAACACUCCAACGCCAUCGUCAUCUUGACACGGACAAACGGAUUUCCUACUGCUGAGUUUAUCGAGCACCGCGAACGUAAAAACCAAAAGAUCGAUCCUCUAAAGGCAUCAUGAAAUUGAUGCCCCUGACUCCGGGUCAGGUGUCAACGAUAACGCGGCACGGCGGUGGCGUCGGCGUCAGCGGUGGCCUAGGCAGUGGCCUAAGUGGUGGUGCUGCAGUCGGCGGCGGUGCGACCAACGGCGGCACCACCGGCGGCCCAGGCAUGACCAACAACGCGGCCGCCGCGGCGUUCGUGUUCAACAGCGGUGCAGCGGCCGCCGCUGACCUGUUCUGGCGUUACCACCAUCACCACCCGCACCACGGUGGUGCCUUUAACUUCCCGCCUUCGCCAACCCUGUUGCCACCCACUCCGUUCCCGUCGCCACUCGACUUCAAACACCACUUGCCAGCCAACCUUAUUACCGACCCGAGAAUCUGGACCAAAGAGGACGUGACCACGUUCAUACAGUGGGCUGAAGUUGAAUUCGACUUGCCGCGAUUCGAAACUGAACUGUUCCAGAUGAACGGGAAAGCGCUGUGCCUAUUGACCAAACAGGACCUGGGCGAACGGUGUCCGGGUGCCGGCGACCUGCUCUACAACGUGCUGCAACUGUUGCGGCGCGGCGGUGACAUGAUGGGCACCGGAAGUGCCGGACACCUGCCCGGCAGCCCAGUCGCCUCGCACUUCCCUUUCAGCCCCACGUGGUGUCUGCCGGCACCUUCUUCGCCGGCCGUCCUCAGCCCGGCUCCGUCCAUAGACAGCCAGUCGGACAGCCCCCGGCACCUGGACUACCACCAUCAGCAGCCGCCGGUCGGCUCCACCACAACCACAGUCGGCCACCACCUCACGCCCAGCGUGUCUAUAUUCCCGACGACUCCGACAAUUGGAUACUCUAACAAUGGCGGCACGAGCUCUGGCGGCAGCAAUCAAUCCGAUUCCGACCCAGAAGAAUCGUCUGCUAGCAGUGGCACGCUGAACUUACCGCCGCCCACGCCUACCACCCCGUCUUCAUCAACGUCACCACCGCCAUACUCUCCUUCUACGCCCAAACAGUCGAACGGAAAUAUAUUCUUCCCGUCUGGCGGCGAUUCAAACUCAAUCGAACCAAAUACAAAUGGUCGACUCUUGUGGGAUUUCCUACAGCAACUGCUGAACGAUGGUCAACAGCGUUUCACCGGCUUCAUAGCGUGGAAAAACCAAGAAAUGGGAGUGUUCAAGAUUGUCGACCCCCCGGGUCUGGCCAAACUGUGGGGCAUACAGAAGAACCACUUGUCCAUGAACUACGAUAAAAUGUCCAGAGCCUUGCGUUACUAUUACAGGGUAAACAUCCUCAGGAAGGUGCAGGGCGAAAGACACUGUUACCAGUUUCUUCGUAACCCCAGCGAAUUAAAAUGCAUAAAAAAUAUAUCUCUAUUGCGUCAACAAAUGGCAUCCACGCCUCAAACUCCAACUACAACUACUCCCAAACUCGAAUCAACAGGAGAUGUAUCUGAUGAAGACUAUAAACCAACCGACUUGAGCAUGUCAUGUCCACCCAGCUCGUGGCAGGAAGGACCUCAAGACUUGUCAACAGCGUCGACUAGUUCAUCAAUGCAACUGCAACUUAACAUGUCUACUUCGAUGACCCCACCAGUAUCUUCUGGAAUGACGAAAGCAGCUCUUAAACUUGAACAAGCUUCAUAAAGCAGCUGCCAAAAUCCUCCCUCCCCCACCGUGCGCCUUUAUUAAAUCAGCGUAUACAAGUUUUACUCAAGAAAAAAGUCUUUAUUAUAUAUAUAUAUAUUUUUUCUUAAUAUGUUACCAAGUCGAAUGUUUUAUUUUGUACGCUAACCACGAACUAUUUCCAUACAUAUUUCCUAAUGGUAUGUUCGGGGUGCAAUCCACACAGGGUAUUUUAUUAUAUCCAAAUAAAUAAUAAUAAUAAUAAUAACAAGAUUUAGUAGUACUAAAUAUGUCAGAGUUAUUAACAGUCUCCGACUGCGCCAAUGGCACAUCCUUAAGACUGUCGCACAACGAAAUAUACACAGCGCAACGAAUAUGAUGCUUGCAUCCGAAGAAUGUUACGUUACCAGUAGUAUAUUAUGGAUUUUUUUUUAUAAUUAAUUUAAAAAAAAAUUGACUGACAUUAUUAAACGCAGUUGACUAGUAAAAGUUUAUGCGAGAAAAACACGUCUGAGACUUUGGAUUAUAUUUUUAUACAGUUAUAUAUAGCCGAAUAUAUUUUAAGAUUUACAUUUUUAAUUAUGUAUAAGCAAAUAGGUGAUUGAUAUAAACAAAAGUGUCUUCCUCAGUAUAGAAAAUUAAAAGUUAAUAAGAGUAAAUAGUAAUUAAAAAAAAAUGUUGUUAUAAUUUGUUGAAUCAUGUACAUAUGUCUAUUUAAAUAAAUUUAUUAUUAUUAUUAUUAUUAUUAUUUUAUUAUUAUACAUACAUAAUAAAUAAAUAAAUAUAUAUAUAUAUAUUUUUUUUAAGUGUAUUAACUUAAUCAAAUACCUCAUAAGUUUAUUACUAAUUAGGUUAUUAAAUUGUUAAAAAAAAAAACUAAAAUACAUUUACUCCAUUGCCCAAAUUGUAAUGUACAUGCUGUAAUGUCUUUCAAUCAUGUACGGCCAAAUCCGUACAUAUUUAUGUAUUGUAUUAUAAUUAUUUAUAACAAUUAUACAUUGAAAAUGUGAUGCCCCAAAUUUGUUCUGUACAAACACAGGUUAAAUUAAAUUAGGUUUGACUUGUGUUGGGUAAUUAAAAAAAAAAUAUGUAUAAUUUUUUUUUAUCUACUUUAACAAGACUUGUUGUUUUUGAUGUUCAUUUUAUAUAAUAAUAUAUAAAAGUAUAAAUAAC